AUGGCUUCGACCAAAAUCGACGACGCUGCCUUGGAAGAAUUGAGAAAGUUGGCCUCCUGGAUAGAAGCAGAUAAAGUGAAACGAAAUGUCAUGGUCUGUGUGGACAAAGCUCGCGAAGCCAAUGUGCGACCAUUAUUGGAGAAGUUAGGAUAUGCCAACAUACAAUCUACGAUUGACAAACCCGAUGAUAAUCGAUCGCUCUUGCUGUUUCCCCUGUCGAUUGGAUCCGAGAAUAAUGAAUCUGGAAGUAUUCAGGUUGAAGGCCAAACCCUUCGCCCUAGAAGCUAUAUUAAGCUUACGGAAACCUUGAAGCUGGAUGCGAGUACAGAUCUCGAUUGUCUCAUUGUUAUGUUACCGUAG